AUCUACCCUCCAUGUGAAGUGGGUUUGCCAGUAGGCCGAGACUCGCCUGGAUUGUGGACCACCAACUCCACAGGCUUAUCCCUGAAGGCCAGGCGUUCAAGCCGAGGCUUAGGUUCCACGGAUGACGCUGAAGUUGACAGUUGCGUUCGUAGGACGUAUGAAGAGUUCAAUCUCCCGGAGGCCCUACACUCGGAGGGGAUUUCCAUCAUUGCCUUACAUGCUGGCCAUGAUGGCUCCAUAGCUGUUGGAAAGGGCGGCCGAAUCCAAUGUGUCUUGGAGUUGGAGCGGCUGUACGGAGAUCGCUACUUCAUUCCUUCCAUUGAUAACUUCAACUUCCACUGGCAAAAUGCAGUUGAGACGGUACAGGAGCACUGUGAGUGUGAUCAUGGUAUGUGCCCUACAAGCUUCGAUUACGGCAUCAUGGUAAAUUUUGGGGACAAUGUAGUGGCUCAGACACAUUACCUGCCACAGAUUGUGGAGAGGGUUUUCACUGUUCGGGAGUGGCGGAACGUGAACCACCACGAGGCCCACGCACUGAUGGGAUACUUCGCUUCUCCUUUCCGCUCUGCCUUCAUUUUGUCUUAUGAUGGCGGCGGCAACGAUGGGGUCUUCAACGCCUUCAUCGCCAGGGGCCUUGAGCUGUAUCGCAUCGGUCGUAAGCCGCUCAACAUGGGUGGAGGAUACUACAAGCUUGCUAGCUACCUGCAGGAGGUCACAGGCUAUCCGGAAACCCAGGCCCUUGUAUGUGAGAGGCUUGAGGAGGCAAAGGAUGACUGGGUUGACCUGGCCAUGUUGUACCCUGUGGCAAAGUUUGUUACCUUUGCGGGCAAGCUGAUGGGAUACUCUGGCCUGUCUCAGCCUUCGCCUGAGAUUGGGCCAUGGAUUCGGCAGUACUUUCACCGCGCCGCUCAGGGGAAGAGGGAGGUGCCACGAGUUUUUCUCAAGAAGGUCUGUGAAGGAACCGAGAGCCAGCGUGUUCUUGCGGCCACGAUUCAAGCUGAAUUCGAGCGCAUCGUGCAUCCGAUUGUGCAGGACUACCUACGCGAAAUGCAGCUUAAGGGCGUAAGCGUUGAAGGGAUCGUGCUGACUGGAGGCUGCGCACUCAACGUGGUGGCGAAUCAGCUCGUGCGAGACACGCUCACCGAAGUCAGAGCGGCACAGAAGAGCUACACCAAGCCCCAAGAUGUUUACGUUCCUCCAGCUCCGAACGACUCGGGGCUGACUGUUGGAGCCAUCUGGGCUGUUGCGCCACCAACUGGUCCUCGUCAACCUCUUCAGUAUCUAGGUUUUGGGCUCUGGGAUCUGGAUGACCUUCCUGGGGAAGCAGAGGCACGAGGAGCUAUGAGACUCUCUCAGCUAGGUGGGGUGAACUAUUUGGCGGAACUUCUCUCCGGAGGACCAGCAUGGGCAGCCAGCAGACCAAAGCAUGAGAAGCCCAUUAUCGCUGUGGUGCGUGGCAGGCAGGAGUUUGGACCUCGGGCUUUGGGACACCGAUCGUUGCUCGCUGUGCCAGACUCCCAUGCUAUGCGUGAGCGCAUGAAUCGGCUUAAGUUCCGGCAGUGGUAUCGGCCUGUAGCACCCAUGAUUGCUGAAGAGGCAUUGGAGGAAGUUUUUGGUUUCAAAUACACCUCUACCUACAUGGAAUUCGCCCCUCUUGUUACGAGCAAAGUCCGCGAACGCUUUCCUGCCAUUGCCCACUUUGAUGGUACAGCGCGACACCAGUCCGUCAGCCGAACGGAUGAGCCCUGGGUACACGCACUGCUGCUGGCAGUUGGCCAGCUGACCGGACUAGCUGCGCUCAUCAACACAAGCUUCAACUCCAAAGGCAAGCCAAUUGUUAAUACUGUGAAGGCAUCUCUGGAGAUGUUGGACGAACUGGAAGAUUUGGACUAUGUCCUCAUUGAGGAUUGGUUAUUUCGUGCGCCAGCCGUCAAGAAGAAGGUCGAGCCGCCGAAGAGGAAGCAUGCUGAUCGCUCUGCCAGUCUUUACUGCGAACAGGCGAGGACCAGCUUGGUUGUCCAGAACUGUGCAGAGUCGGAAGUCCGUCCGCUGUGGCCGGACGCCGCAGACGCUGCAGAGGCUGAGGGCCGCUGGGGCUUCCUGGGCAGCCCGGAAGCAGGGCUUCGGUAUGUAGUCAUCGCUGCCGACGGCUCCCUGCACCAUGAGGGCGGCGGCAGUCAGCCCCUGCAUGGCAGCUCCCCAGGCUCCACGGCAGUGUCGAUGGCGGAUGUGCAGGUGGGCUCUGCAGGAUCGCCGGACUCUCGCCACCUCUUGGGUCAGAUGCUCCU